CCCCUGGGGCAGCCCCGGGCUUUGCCGACACCAGCCCCUGAGCCGGAGCCUGCAGAUAACUAAGCUGGAAUCAUACAGGAUUACAGCCAGGGUAUGUAGCGAGUUGCCAUCAGAAGCAGAGCUAUCUGAGCCAGAAUUGCAAGAUGAGGAAAACAGUGGUGUCACGGAGAUAGCUGGGAGUGCUGGUGGCAUAGGGUCUGAGUAGAGAGUCCGCAUAUCCAGACAGUCCUUCAGUGAAGGUGCCAAUGCCUGAGAUGAUGGGGCGUCCAGGAUUUCCCAGGUUGUGUCAUUUCCUUGAGAGACGGGGAAAGAAAAGGGCUGGAGCGGAGCUGGUGACCUUUGAGGAUGUGGCUGUGUAUUUCACAAAGGAAGAGUGGGCUUUGCUGGACCUGGGUCAGAGAGCCCUCUAUAGGGACGUCAUGCAGGAGAAUUAUGAGACUGUGACCUCACUGGGAUUUCCAAUUUCCAAACCUCACGUGAUCUCCCGGCUGGAACUAGGAGAGGAGCCUUGGGUCCCUGAUCUCCAGGCUUACGAGGAAAGGGAGAUCCUGAAAGAUGUCCACAUGGGGACUGACUCCUGUCCGGAUUCUCUCUCUAUUCCAGCAGAUGAGGAGACGAUGAACGAGAACCAGGAGGAGAACCCUCAGCAGGAAGGUUCUGAACAACUGGAGCCACAUGGGAUGGCAUUGGGAAGAGCCGAAGGAGAUGUUUCCCAGAGUCCUGAGUGGGGAGAAGUCCGUAAGAGUCAGCACCGGCCAGAGAGACAGCAGGGAAACCACCAAGAGGAGAGAUGGGAUAAAUCCAUGCAGAGGAUCAGAGGAGCCAGAAAAAUCAAAGAAUCUGCUCACCAGAGAGUUCUCACAGAAGAGACACCUCACAUAUGCGGUGACUGUGGGAAAAGUUUCCCUUGGAAAUCAUUUCUUAUUAUUCACCAGAGAAUCCACACUGGAGAAAAACCUUAUAAGUGUCCUGACUGCGAGAAAAGCUUCAGCCAGCGCUCAAACCUCACCAAACAUCAGAGAGUCCACACAGGAGGGAAGCCUUAUAAAUGUCUCGAAUGUGGAAAAAGCUUCAGUUGUAGCUCAACCCUCACUGCACACCAGGUAAUCCACAUGGGAGAGAGACCCUAUAAAUGCCAUGAGUGUGGAAAAAGCUUCAGUGAUAGAUCCACCUUCAGUACGCACCAGAGAAUCCACACGGGGGAGAGACCCUAUAAAUGCCUGACCUGUGGGAAAAGUUUCAGGGAUCGGUCAACCUUUAAUAAACACCAAAGAAUCCACACUGGAGAGAAACCACAUAAAUGCCCCAAGUGCGGGAAAAGUUUCCGUCAGCUCACGCAACUUGUUAGGCACCAGAGACUCAACACAGGAGAAAAACCUUACAAAUGCCUGACGUGUGGGAAAAGCUUUCGGGAUAGAUCCACCUGUAAUGAACAUCAGAGAAUCCACACGGGAGAAAAACCUUAUGAAUGCCCUGAGUGUGGUAAAAAUUUCCGGUACAGCUCAGCCUUUAUUAGACACCAAAGAACCCACACGGGAGAAAAACCCUAUAACUGCCCUGACUGCGAGAAAAGCUUCAGACGGAGCUCGACCCUUAUUGAACAUCAGAGAAUCCACAGUGGAGAGAAGCCUUAUAAAUGUCCUGACUGUGAAAAAAGCUUUCGUUGGAGCUCAAACCUCACUACACAUCAGAGAUUCCAUACAGGAGAGAGACCCUAUAAGUGUCCUGAGUGUGAGAAAAGCUUCUUUUGCAGCUCAGACCUCGCAAAACACCAGAGAACCCACAGUGGAGAGAAGCCCCAUAAGUGCCCCGACUGUGAGAAAUGUUUCAGAAGCAGGUCAGAACUCACUCAGCACCAGAGAACCCAUACGGGAGAGAGACCCUACAGAUGCACUGUAUGUGGGAAAAGCUUCCCUCAAAGCUCACAGCUUCUGCUACACCACAGAAUCCACACGGGAGAGAGACCCUAUAACUGCCCCAACUGCGGGAAAAGCUUCAGUUGGAAAUCAAACCUUAUGAAUCAUCAGAGAAUCCACACAGGGGAGAGACCCUAUAAUUGCCACGACUGUGAGAAAUGCUUUAAUCAGAGCUCAAACCUUAACAAACACCAGAGAAUGCACAGAGGACAAAAGCACUGGUAAUGUCAUACUAGGGAUGAGCCAAGUGAAUAACACCUUUGUGAUUCCCAUCAAUCUGAGAGGCUGGACUGGCCAUCUAACAAGAACAUGCAACAGUUAUUAAAGCAGAGAAUGAAACCACAUUCCUGGAACAGAGCCAUGUGGAGCAAGAGGCUGAGAUAAGAUUCACACAUUGUGAUGGGGUUUGAUUACAACUUCUCAAGAAGUUCUGAACAUCUUCUGUUUGGCUCUUACAGUUUAGUUUGGUGCUAGUAAUUUUAUAAGCUCUAUAUUAUUGUUUAUUCUUGAUUGUGGAUAUGGGCCUAAAACACUAAGGAACUUAGGCGUUUUGACACCGAGUGUUGCAACACAUAACUCUGAGUUGCCUAGAAAAUCACAGGAACAACAAUGGGAUCCGCAAAGUCUGAAUUAGGUGCCCAGGCUUUUUAUGCAAUUAAUGGAGAGAGGUGCAUGCCUUAGAAUACGAUCUUCAAAAUACCAGUCAAUGGGAGAUGCUGACUGGAGUGGAGGGGAGGGUAUCUUAAGCCCUGCCUCUGUCAUGGAGAAAGGUGCCUAUGUCCAAUCUUCAGGGAGACGCCAAUCUCUGCUUACAAUUCACAAAUCAGGGAUGAAAGGCACUCCUCUGGCUAUGGGCCCACAUUUGCUAGGAGUGUUCAGAGGCUACCUAACUCCCCUCAGAACAAUCUAACUGGGGGAAGAGGAGGUUUUACCUUUACCUUUAGCCCAGUGGUUAGGGCACUUACCCAGGAGGGGAGAGACCCAGCUAAAGUCUGCCUGAUCAGAAGAAGGGAUUUGCUACCUCGUGGUGAGUGCCUAGUUACUGAGCUAUGGGAUAUUCUGAUGGGUGGCGGAGUGCCCCUCAGUCUACCCUGUGGAAGCUGUUCCAUUGUGCAAAAAUACUAAAAGACUCUUUGGACCAAAGACAGACUGAAAAUGAUGUUAUAGUCCUUUGAGUAGGACACCCACCAGCAAGGUGGGAGACCCAGGGUCCAGUCCCUUGCUCCACUGAUGCUUUCAGUAUCUAUUCACAGGGCACUGUCCUGUGAGAUAGUCAAUUCCUGUUCAAAUCCCUUCUCCUCAUCAGGCAGAGGAGGGAACACUUCAAGUGUGUAUGAGGGGGGUGUCACCCACAUCCUUUUUGAGCACCCUAACCACUGGCUGAAAAUUAUGAGGGAGGGCCAUCUCCUUUCACCCUCCCACAGCCUCUCAGCUGUUUUGUGUGGAGCUUGGUGCCUCUGAACAUGCCUACCAGAUUGAGCCUCUGCCUACCUUCCCCUUAUUUGUGAGUUGUGCUGUGGCUUAGGGGAGAGGCUAGGGCUUGGGGGCCUAGAAUGAGGCAGCUGCAUGCACACCCAGGAACAUAGGCAUCUAGAGUAUUUUUACUGCAAAAACGUAGGUGCCAAGUGAGGUUAAGAGCCUACAGCGAUAGAUGGCACCUGAGUGGGAGUAUUGCAAUCACAGGGGUGCCUAGAAAGGUGCCUAAGAACCUUUGUGAAUCCUCCCUCCCUCCCUUACUUAGUACAGUGGAUACAUACAGAUGAAGAGAUGGGCUCAGUUAGAUUGUCAAUGUGACAUCCUGACUUAGCUCUGGGCACUGAGCCAGGACAAUGGUUUAUUUGUGACUUUCUUGCUUCGAACCAGAAAGUUGGGGUUGGUUCUGCUUUGAGCAGGGUAUUGGACUACAUGACCUUGUGAAGUCUCUUCCAAUUCUAAUCUUCUAUGAUUCUGGAAGAAUGGGGUGGAUCUGAGUCUCAGGGUGUGAAAAUGGGCAUUUGUGGAGGUAGGGCCUCCAAGAAAGUCUCUUAUGGGUCUGUUUUAUACUGUAUAAACUAUCAAGUGUUAUUACACUGGGGUUCUGUUUUUUAUUCUCAUCUGUUCCCAUCCACUCAUAGAUCUGGAGGGUUUAACUAGAUGUCUGAGUUACUGACUAUUACCAGUAGUGUUACACAAUUCCUUUGUCAUGGAUCUGCAGUUUCCCAUUUUGAUACAUGUAUCCUCUACAAAGUCCUCUAUGACUGCAUUCCACAGAAUUCAUAGUUAAUCUGAUUACAUGUAGAAUUCAGGUUCAGUGAAUACACUGUAGUUCCACUGUUAUUAGCUUCUUAUUUCAUUUUUCUGAUGCAGACAUUUAGCAUA